AUGGCCAGACAGCAAGUCCCUCUGCUCCAAGAUGACACCAGAGACGUUUUCAGCCUGGGCUUAGUGCCAUUUGAGGAGCACAAUGCCACUAGGCUCAGUGGCAUCAUUAUGCCUGUCCCCAAGUGCUCUGGCAGAGGAAAAGCAUUUCCCAUCACCACCCAGCCCUUUCUGAGGGCGCUGCAACGCCCGGAGUGCAGUCACGAGGUGGACAGCUCCCUCCGCAGGCUACGCAUCCAUUGUUUCAGUCCAUUCAUCUUCUUCUUCUUCGAUGAACUACCACAUGAUAUACAGCAGCACCAGGAGCUCACUGGUGCGGAAGAAAUUUGGUUUCCCUCUCCUUGGAUGCCGGUUUGACUUUCCAUGAUGGACAUUCGAGUGGCCAGCAUCCUCCUCCUCGUUGCAGCCUCUGCAGCAGCCCAUGGAAAGGGCUAUGUGGUGAAGAAGGUGGUGCCCUUCCCUGUAAAGAGCCAUGUGGUAUCAGUGGCAGGUGAGCCUGGUGCACCAGGUGAGCCUGGUGCCGAAGGACCUCCUGGCCCACCUGGCCCACCUGGGGAGGAUGGUGUAGGUCUGUCCGGGCCACAAGGACCUCCUGGACCUCCUGGAUCUCCUGGCCGCUCCAUUGCUGGCAAACCCGGUACUCCCGGUGGUCCUGGCAAACCUGGCUUUCCUGGAACACCUGGUGACAAGGGAGACACUGGUGCUACAGGCCCUCAGGGUCCUAGGGGAGUCCCUGGGUCUCCAGGAAGCCCUGGACCUGCUGGUCUGUCUGCUACUGGCAAGCCUGGACCUUCAGGUCUUCCUGGACCUAUGGGACCCAGAGGUGAGCCUGGCCUGAAAGGACACCCAGGUGUGCCUGGCCUGCCGGGUUCAAAGGGUGAUAGAGGUGUGGGAAUGCAGGGACCCCAAGGUCAGACAGGAGCUCAGGGACCUAUGGGCCCACCUGGAGCACCAGGUGCUUCUGGAAUUGGAAAGCCAGGAAAAUCAGGUAUGCCCGGAGAGCCAGGGAAGUCAGGUACCCCAGGUAGAGAUGGUGCUCCUGGUCAAAUGGGACCACAGGGACCAAAGGGACACACUGGUGCCCCAGGUGUAGGUCUUCCAGGAAAACCCGGUGAGAAUGGCGCACCAGGUCUCCCCGGUGCAGCUGGACCUAAGGGCCACCAGGGACCUGCUGGAGCCACUGGUGCUCCUGGAGUCCCAGGAUAUGGAAAACCAGGUGCAAAUGGUGAGAAGGGAGAGAGGGGAGCCCCUGGUAGUCCAGGUGCCACAGGUGCAAAGGGUGAGCAGGGUCCUACAGGAUAUACUGGUGCUACUGGUGCAACUGGCCCAACAGGUCCAACUGGACCCCAGGGUGAAAGAGGUUUCCCAGGUGAAACUGGUCCUUUCGGCCCUAAAGGUGAUGCAGGUGCAACCGGACCUCAGGGAUCUAAGGGACAUAAGGGAGAUCAGGGAGCCCAAGGUUUCCCAGGUAAACAGGGUUAUCCAGGUGCAGCUGGUCCACCUGGACCACGGGGGGCAACUGGGCCUGCAGGUGACAAAGGUAACAUGGGUGCUCCAGGUACUCCAGGUGCCCCAGGUAUUCCAGGACCUGCUGGUCCUAAAGGUCAUCCUGGUCGUCCAGGUGAGCCUGGUGCUUCUGGAUCUGAUGGUGCUCCAGGUUCCAGAGGGCCUGCUGGCCCACAAGGUCCUUCCGGUACUCCUGGCCUUAAAGGACACCCAGGUCUCCCUGGUGCCCCUGGCCCAGCUGGUUUGGCUGCCAAGGGUCUUCCCGGCCCACAGGGUGCCCCUGGUGUGCCUGGUGAAAAUGGAGCUGAUGGUGAGCCUGGCCCAGCUGGUCCUGCUGGUCCCCCUGGACCUCCCGGUGAGGUUGUGUUUGAGAAGGGCAUGGGAAUGGGGGAGAUUAUGGUCAAGUCCCCCAUGUCUGCUUUUACAGCAGCUCUGGCCACACCCUACCCUUCUGCUGGGAGCCCUAUUAAGUUUGAUCAGAUAGUGUACAAUGCUGAGAAUCACUAUGACCCAGAGACUGGUAUUUUCACUUGCCAAGUGCCUGGAGUCUACUACUUCUCCUACAGCAUCCAUGUUAAUGGAGCUCAUGCCCUGGUGGCUCUGUACAAGAAUGGCCAACCUAUUAUGUUCACUUAUGAUGAGUACAACAAGGGUUUCCUGGACCAGA